AGCGGGGACGGUGGGCACGAUGACGGGCACGAUGGUGACGGGCCCGCUGAUGAUGACGGGCAGGCCGGGCUGGGCCGCCCGGGUGCCCCGGCGCGGCGCCUACACGUGGGGGGUGCGUUCGUCGCGGAAGGCGGCGGCGGCGUUGGUCGGUCGGUCGCGGGCGGAGGAGCGGGCCUACGAGAUCCCGGGGCUGGAGCCCGUCACCUACGAGGGCAAGCUGCACUACGUGCCGUGGCUGGCGCGGCCCCGCUUCCCGCGCUGGCAGCCGCACCCCGACGACUGGCGCUUCUACCGCUCCCCGCCGCCCCACCUGAUGGCCCUGCACCGCCCCCGGCCCUGCUUCUUCUUCCAGCAGCGCUGCCGCCUCCUCGAGGGCGUUAAGCAAGCGCUGUGGCUGAGCAAAGCCAAGCUGGUGGAAGGCCUCCCGGAGCGGCUGCUCCGCCUAGCCGCGGACCCCAGCAAUCAAGUGCCCGACCAGGACGAGCGGGUGCAGAGGGCCGUGUGGCAUGCUCGCCUGUGGCUCACCACCGACGCCAUCCCCACCAGGGAGAACUACUGCCCGGCCAUCAUGGAGAACCUCCUGCAGCUGUGCCGCUCGCUGAUCCCCCGCUUCCCCUCCCUGGGCCGGAGGAUCCUGGCCAGGAACUACACCAUCUCCGCCGUCUGGCACCGAGACUCCACUGUGCUCCAGAUCCGCGGGCUGAACGGGACGCGUCUGAGCAGCCUGGACGCCCUGCCGCCCGUGGCCAGUCACGACCAGGUCCUGGCCACCGCCGCCCACACCCUGGAGGACCUGUACCCGCUGGCUCCGACCAUUAACCUGGAGGAGCGCUACGUGUACCAGCUGAGGGACGACACAGGGUUUGGGCCAGGCUACCUGUAUCAGCACCCUCACACCGUGUACUUCCUGGAAUCUGCCAACUGGCGCAAGGCCAGGAUGCAGCCGGAGCAGCUGAGGGCCAAGAUGAUCAUGUUCGCCUUUGGGAACGCCCUGGCCCGGGCCCGGGCCCUGCACGGGGCAGAGGCUCGGGUCCUGGAGCAGCCCAUCGUGGUGCAGGCUGUGGGCACGGACGGGCGCCUCUUCCAGUUCCUGGUCUUCCAGCUGAACACCACGGACCUGACCCCCAGCACCGGCAUCAAGAACCUCGUCUGGAUGGACCAGGAUCAGCUGCUGUACCAGCACUUCCGCUGCUACCCCAAGAUCCGCAAGAGAGAGGUCGUGGAGCCGUCUGGACUCGUCGACUAUCAGCCUGACACGUUCAGGAAGUUCUUAGCCUUGUUCCUGCACGGAGCCAAGGAGGCGGAGCCGGGCGGCAUUCCGCCCUCCCACCCUUAGGCCUGCCGGGGGUGGGAGCUGGGGAAGCCUCCACCGUCGAUCUAGCUUCCGCACGGGCAUUAAAGUUCUGUUAAAUUCGA